AUGUUGAUUCGGGUGCUGGCGCUCACCACGGCGGAGCAGGCGUCCAUGACCCGCUGCUGGUGGCAGUGGAUCGAGAGCAUGAUGGCCAAGGACGUCGGCGCUGUGUACGAGGUGCUCCUGCGGCGGCACGUGCACCCGCUCGCAAAGGCUGGCCCGUCCGCAGGCAACUUUCGUGGCAAGGUGUGGUACGCGAGCUUGCCCGAGAAGGUGAGGCUCGUCAGCGAGCAGUGCGGCGCGACCGCCAAUGACACGGUCCUCGUCUUUAGCGACCUCGACGUUGUCGCGCUGCGGCCUUACUCAGCGCUCGCGCAGGCAGUGCUGCCUCCCGAGAUUGACCUUGCGAUAUCGGGGACGCUCGAUGGCGCCAGCUGGCGCGGCGUGAACAGCGGCUUCUAUUUGCUGCGCCUCACGCGGCCGGUGUGCCAGUUCCUCGCGCGGUGGGCCGACCGAAUGUCCGACGAGUACCGGCAGGGCCGCAAGCCGGAGGACAUGCCCCUCAUGCGCCAGCUGCUUCGAGCCGCGGCGGCAGACCUCCGCUGGACCCGCAUCUCCAUCGGACAGGUGGGGGAGAAUCCGGUGCGCGUGACGAACCACUCCUUUGCCUACCACGCCAUUGGCACUCACACUAGCGCCAAAAAGCUUGCACGCGUGGGCGCGGUGGCCGACAAGCUCGGCCGGAGAGAGCUGAGGUGUGGAGGGUGA